AUGACUUCCACCGAUACUUUUCUCGCCAUCCCAGGCUCGGUGGCGUUCUCUCGCUCGCGGGGACAUGCUAUUGCGGCGAGCUUGGGAAUUGAAGAUGUCCGCGCCCAAUGGAUUCACUAUGUGCAUACCUCCCAUCCAUUGGAUGAGUCUCAGCGUGCGGUUCUCGAGCAACUGCUGCGGUACGGCGACAUCACCGACGUCCCUCCUUCCUUCACCUCCGACGACGGCCAAUUCGAUACCUUCCAUAUCUUCCCCCGAACCGGAACUAUUUCACCAUGGAGCUCUCAAGCUACCGGCAUCUCGCACGUCUGCGGCCUCCGUCAAUCUGUGAAGCGUAUUGAGCGGGGUAUGAGGAUCUCGUGCCUCCGCAAGGCUGGUGAGGACUACAAGGCCGGAUACAUGGAUAUCCUUCACGAUCGGAUGACUCAGAUUAUCAGCAACGACGAGCCUGAUCUGAAGCUGAUGUUCUCUGAGCAUGCACCUCGGCCCCUCAAGACAAUCUCCCUGCAGGGUGGCGAUAAGUCUCCCAAGCAAGUUCUCCAGGAGGCAAACAAGGAAUUGGGUCUUGCAUUGGAUGAAUCAGAGAUUGACUACUUGGCUGAGGCUUAUGGUCCGAAUGGUGCCAUUGCUCGUGACCCUACCGAUGUCGAGCUCUUCAUGUUCGCCCAGGUGAACUCAGAGCACUGCCGGCACAAGCAGUUCAAUGCCUCGUGGGUUAUCGAUGGCAAGCCCAUGCCCAACAGUCUAUUUGCCAUGAUCCGCAAUACACACAAGAAGAACCCGGAGUACACUGUCAGUGCGUAUAGUGACAAUGCUGCUGUUCUGGAGGGUGGUCCCGCUGCAUUCUGGGCCCCCGACCCUACCACUGGGGAGUGGAUGCACACUAAGGAAGUCGUUCAUUUCCUGGCCAAAGUCGAGACUCACAACCACCCCACUGCAGUCUCUCCCUAUCCGGGUGCCGCCACUGGAGCCGGUGGUGAGAUCCGUGACGAGGGUGCGGUCGGUCGCGGUUCUCGCCCCAAGGCCGGUCUCUCUGGCUUCUGUGUUUCUGAUCUCCUGAUCCCUGGGUUGCGCCAACCCUGGGAGCUUGAGGUGGGCAGGCCGAACCACAUUGCGAGCAGCUUGGAUAUUAUGCUUGAAGCUCCUAUCGGCAGUGCUGCCUACAACAACGAAUUUGGCCGUCCUUGCACCGGUGGUUAUUUCCGCACACUUCUCACUGAGAUUGACGUCGGCAAUGGCCAGAAGGAGUUCCGUGGAUAUCACAAGCCUAUCAUGAUUGCUGGAGGAGUUGGCACUGUCCGUCCCCAGCACGCUCUGAAGAACCCUGAUGUGGUUAAACCUGGCUCUUACCUCGUUGUGCUGGGUGGCCCGGCCAUGCUUAUUGGUCUUGGUGGUGGUGCUGCCUCUAGUAUAACCUCUGGUGAAGGAUCUGCUGAUCUUGACUUCGCCAGUGUCCAAAGAGGCAAUGCUGAAGUUCAGCGCAGAGCCCAGGAGGUUAUCAACGCCUGUGUUGCUAUGGGAGAUAACAACCCCAUCAAGUUCAUUCACGACGUUGGUGCCGGUGGUCUCUCCAACGCCCUCCCUGAGCUGAUCCACGAUUCUGGCUUGGGAGCCAAGUUCGAGCUCCGCGAGGUCGAUAGCGCCGACCGCAGCAUGAGUCCCAUGCAGAUCUGGUGCUGUGAAGCUCAGGAGCGAUACGUCCUGGCUGUUGGUGAGGACGGCAUCAACAAGUUCACCGCUAUUGCUCAGCGUGAGCGUUGCGGUUUCUCGGUUGUCGGCCGGGGAGGCGGCACCUCCGAGGAAGAGAAGAGGCUUAUUCUUCUUGACCGGGAGUCCAAGGAAUACCCUUCACCCAUUGACCUUCCCCUCUCUGUCCUGUUCGGCAAGCCGCCACGUAUGACCCGGACUGUCGACUCGCGCAAGCUGACUCUGCCGGCUGUCGAUUCCAGCCUCGCCAAGUAUCUGCCUUCGCUCUCAUCGAAGGUGGAGCUGGUCGGCGAGGCCAUCAACCGAGUCCUGUCUCUUCCUGCUGUCGGCUCGAAGUCCUUUUUGAUCACCAUCGGUGACCGUACUGUUGGUGGUCUUACUGCCCGUGACCAGAUGGUUGGCAAGUGGCAGACCCCUGUCUCUGACGUCUCGGUCACUGCCACCUCUCUGCUUCAGGGUGUCAAAACUGGUGAAGCUAUGGCUAUGGGAGAGAAGCCUCUUCUGGCUUUAAUUUCCCCGGGUGCUUCGGCUCGAAUGGCCGUUGCCGAGUCUCUCAUGAACAUUGCUGCGUCUGACUUGGUAGACCGCCUUAGCCAUGUCAAGCUGUCUGCCAACUGGAUGUCCGCCAGUAGUCACCCCGGCGAGGGUGCUGCAAUCUACGAGGCCGUUGAGGCCAUUGGUCUUGACUUGUGCCCCAAGCUUGGUAUCAGUAUCCCUGUCGGCAAGGACUCCAUGUCCAUGAAGAUGAAGUGGAAGGAUGAGGCCACUAACGAGGCCAAGGAGGUCACUGCUCCCAUGUCGCUUGUCAUCUCUUCCUUUGCCCCGGUCGGUGACUACCGCAAGACCUGGACUCCCGCUCUGCGCAGUUUCGAGGAUGUCGGCGAGACCGUUCUCAUGUUUGUUGAUCUGUCCUUCGGCCGCAAGACCCUCGGGGGUUCGGCUCUGGCUCAGGUCUUCAACGAGGUCGGCACCGAAUGCCCUGAUAUCCGCGAUGUCGACAUCUUCCGUGACUUCUUCGAUGCAACCCAGCAACUGCAGGAGGCCGGUAUCGUCCUUGCCUAUCACGACCGCUCGGACGGUGGUCUCCUUACUACCCUCGCCGAGAUGAUGUUUGCUGGUCGCUGUGGCGUGGAGAUCAUGAUCGACAAUAUCUGUUCCUCCUUCCAUACUCAGGACGUUGUUGAGUCACUCUUCAACGAGGAGCUGGGUGCCGUCUUCCAGGUCCGCAAAGAGCACGAGAUCCAUUUCCGCUCCUGCUUUGCCACUUGCGGUCCUCCUCCAGGCCUAAUUCACAAGAUUGGUCGUGUCUCUGAGAAGCAGAAGCAGAACCUUACUAUCUACCACAAGGCCUCGCUAGUCUACCGCGAGACUCGUUCAAACCUCCAGCAGAUCUGGUCUAAGACCUCCUACCACAUGCAGAAGAUCCGCGACAACGCCGAAUGCGCUGAGCAAGAAUUUGAGAACAUCCUCGACAAUGCCAAUCCUGGUCUGUCGUGGAACCCUACCUUCGAUCCAAAGGAUCGCGGCCUGCCCAUCAUGACCAGCCUCUCCCAAUACUCCCCCUUCUCCAACAAGCCUCGCGUCGCCAUUCUGCGCGAGCAAGGUGUCAACAGUCAAGCCGAGAUGGCCUUUGCCUUCAACACCGCCGGCUUCUCCGCGGUCGACGUCCACAUGACUGACAUCAUCUCCGGUCGUGUCUCACUCGCCAGCUUCGCCGGUCUCGCCGCGUGCGGUGGCUUCUCCUACGGUGACGUCUUGGGUGCCGGUCAGGGCUGGGCCAAGUCCGUCCUACUGCACGACAACACUCGCAAGGAAUUCCAGGGCUUCUUUGAGCGUCCUGACACCUUCGCCCUGGGUGUCUGCAACGGCUGCCAGUUCCUGUCGCGUGUCAAGGAGCUCAUCCCCGGUGCCCGCAAUUGGCCCAGCUUCGAGCGCAACACCAGCGAGCAGUACGAAGGUCGUGUCGCCAUGGUCCGUAUCUCAGACCCCGACCCCUCACGCCCCAGCGUCUUCUUCCACGGUAUGGAUGGCUCCUCCUUCCCCAUUGCUGUCGCCCACGGCGAGGGUCGCGCCUCGUUUGCUAGUACCCCCGGCCAGACCGCUACCGACUUCGUCCGCGAGGGACUCGCCCCGGUCCGCUAUGUCGACAACGCCACCCUGAAGCCGACGAUGCGAUACCCGUUCAACCCUAACGGCAGCCCGGAGGGUAUCGCCGGUGUGCGCAGCCCCGACGGCCGUGUCUUGGCCAUCAUGCCUCACCCUGAGCGUACCGUCAUGAACGGUAUCGCCAGCUACCUGCCUCCAAACGCCGAGGAGUGGGGUGACAUCGGUCCUUGGGGCCGCAUCUUCUUCAGCGCUAGACGCUGGGUCGGUUAA